CGGCGGGAAGUUCCGCCCAUUGCUCCACUCCGCCUCCUCCAUCCCGGCAUGCUCCGCGCGGCUGACGCCUACUUCUCCUCCUCCCUCCUGCUUGCCUGACUGGCCUGAGCGAGCAAGCGGGCAAGAUGGCGGCCGAGGCGGACUCCUGGGGUAAGUCCGGCCCGGCCUAGUCCGGCCCAGCGGCGCGUCUUGCUCCCUCCCUCCCCCUUCCCCUCGGCCCAGCGCCGUCCGCUGACGCCGCUUUCCCUCCUUCUCCCGCCACAGACGUGGACUCCUUCGAGGCGCCGGACCCCGUGGCCAGGCGGCUCCUACCCACGCCGGCCGGGGUGGUGGCGGUGGAUCGAUGGGCCGGCGAGGACGAGGACGACGACGUCAAGGUGGGCAGCUUCUCCCCUCCCGGCCCCUUGUAGGCCCGGUCGCUAUGGAGACGCCUCUGCCUCCCCCCGCGACAGGGGUGGGGACUUGGAAGCGGAUUUGGGGGGGUCUUCUUCUCCGAGCGGGAACAGGGCGGGGGGGGGAGCGUGUUGGAACUGCCUCCCCGUCCUUCCUCCGCGGCCCUCCAUAUGUCGAGCUGGGUCUCCUCCCUCUCGGGCUGGGUCUCCCUCCGGCUCGGGAAAGGGGCUGAUGACUCAGCAGGAAAGGAUCCUGUAUGUAAUGGGGGUGGGGGCUGCUCAGGCCGCCGCCUGCUGGGCCGCUUCCGCUUCUGCCAUGUGGCGGCCCAACAGGUGCCGGGGCUGCUGCGCUGCUCGGCCAGCGCGGCCCCUCGGCGCCCCCUUGCCAGUCGUUCCAGGGAGCCCCGGACGUGGAAGCCGUUUUCCCAGUCGAUCUGGAAGUUGGCCCCGCCGCGGGAGAAGCCGCGUGCGACUUGGUUGUGUCGGGCUCGGCUUUGGCACUUGCUCAUCUAGGGCAGGAUUUGGCCCGGGGGCAUGUGGCACCGCCAUGGCCAAAUGCUUUAUGCUGCCUGUAUGUAUGUGGGGAGGGGAGAGCGGGCCCAAGGAGAUCUCAGCAAGGUCUGUAUGGCCCCGCUGGUAGGGGUCACCAUUGUAAGGCACCCCGCUUUUUUCUAUGGACUUGAGAUCUCUUGUUGUCAAGUCCUGCUUCUCUUGCUUGCAGCUGGCUGGCUCCGUUUCUUGGCUUAGACUGUGGGGCCUCCCUUGCUUACAGCCUGCAGAGAGAAAGGCAGGUGGGAUUACCCAGAUGUAGCUGCCCGCUGACCAGUCAGUAUCUAAUUAUAUGUUUUGGAAAGAGUGUGAGAUCAUGAAGGGGAAGGGCAUAAAGAUGGGAGCAGCUACCAUCUCUUACACCAGGUAACAUUACACUGGUGCCUAGGCAGGUGAAAUAGGUAGUUUGAAUCAAGCUUGUUCGGACUUCAGGUUAACCUAAUAACAUGAAAUAGGUUUAGUAUCUUUCAGGCAAGGUUCUAGUUGAGUUUUGCAGAUUUUCCCUUAAAAGCAGACAAGGCAAAUCAUGAAAUAAAACUUGUCAGGCAACUGUACCUUUCUGUGAUGUAGCAGGGGGCUUAACAACAGAAAGCUGGGGAACGGUGCAGUGUUUGAGAGGGAGAUAUUUCCAAUUGAUCAAGCCAUUCUUACUGGAUUUGUCUCCAACAAAAAUCAUGGACGUGCUAAAAUUCUUAAUGAUGGAAGAGUUUUUAAUAUAUUUUUGGAUUCUCUUAAAACAACCGAACAGUAACAUUGUCUAUGUCUGUCAUCUUGGGGCACAAACUUUGGUGCUCUGAUGGAAGUUUAAUGUAAGUUAAUAACCCUGUUGAUGGUUCAUGUUUGAGUCUCUUCUGGUUUCUGUUAGCUUUCUCUGAUGCAGCUACCUUGCCAGAUUCUUUCAGAAUGAGCAUACUGUCUAUAUAUAGUUUAUUUCUAUAGUGAUCAUAUUCUUAGAGCUGGAAUAACUGUCAUGAAUUUGUUUUGUUUUUCUGGGGCUCCAGCCAUGGUUGUAUCAGGGGAGCAAAUGGACUUGGGGCAGGGCCAUAUGUUCAGUCUUGCCCUUAUCGGCCAUGGGCAUGGAGGUGUGUCAAGCCAGGCAGAGGGUGUGGCUGCUUGUAGGGUUGCUGCUGAGAAGCUAGACGCUGAAAGUGGGAUGUCAGAGGGCCUGUCCCUAGAAUAUGGCCAGGCACACUAGUUUACUUGUGGGAAAUGAGUGACUGCCUGAUGUGUGUCAUAAUCCCUGCAGGUAAAAAUAGCCACAUAGUUUCCUUGGCUUAUACUUCAAAUAUCUGUUGACACUUGUAUAGUUUGUCAGAAAUGUUACUUGCAAAAGAUAAGUUGGUCUCUAUCCACACAGACAGAGUGAAUUUUUCAAGGAUGCAGAGAUGAGUAACUUGUAAAUCAUUGCUGUUGAUUAUUGAAUGGAAUGGAAUGGAAAAAGGAGCCUCCCUUGCUACUGUUUCAAAAACAGGUUUGUAAAUAGCCACUACUUUGGCUGCCUGCAGCAAGUAAGAACUUCCAGGCAGGGAAGGCAGUUCUUGUUUUAUUGUUAGCUGCAGACUGAAAGACUGGUGUGCAAGGGAAGAUGAUCCAGCUGUGCUGUGAGGGACACUGCUGAGCCAAUGCGCCAUGUGUUGGAGCUGCAGCUCCAGGCAGAACUCUUGUGUUCUGGCACUUGCUGGGUGAGCAAAAGCACUCUGGACUGGGAAGUCCAGUUCCUCCCCUCUUGUUUUUCACUUAUGUUGGUAAUUAAAGUGUGCUACUUGGAGUUAGCAAUUAAGUCUGAUGCUUUGUUGCAAUUCUUCAAGGCCGGAAGGACCCGAGUCUGUGGCUGAGCUGGCUCCAGUGAGAUGCAGAGAUGCCAUCUUGCAGCAGCUCAAGGCUGCUGUCUUAAGAUGUCUUUGGUGGAAAUAGCUAAGCAGCUGAUGGCUGGCUUUAGCGCUCCAGUUGAGGGCUCCUCUCUGGAACAGCAUCCACACAGGGUGAAAUUCUAUAGCUUUUCACACUGUGGGAAUGUUUCUCAUUUUCCAAGGAAAACUUUCUUUUGUCCUUGGAAAAACAUUCUUUGAGUGGGUCAUAAAGGAAGCCAGCCUGCUGGCUGAGCUUGGCCUUAGUUGAGAGUCCAUCUCUCAGUUCCUGUAACUCUUACGGGUGGGAGCAGUGAGAUUCUUAAAGAGCAGAGUCAUAAUUCUGGCAACUUCCCUUGCAUAAGGCCUCAGUGAUCUGAAGUGGUGGAAAUAUACCUGGCCGCUUCAGUGGUAAGCCCUGGUACCAAGUUAUCCACUCCAGUUCCAAAGACUGCAUUGAAUUAUUUGAAAAAGGAUCUAGUGUUGGGGUCAGGGGCUGCUGCAUUGGGCGUGACUGCUGACAACCAGUCCUACCUACUCUUUCCCCCAUCUAGGAUAAUUGGGAUGAUGAGGAAGAGGAAGAAGAAAAGGAGGCGGAUGUAAAGACAGGUGAGAAAUAUGGCGGGGGAGGGGGACUCUGCUCCUUUUGUGGCGCAGGAGGAUGCUGGUUGUGGCUUGGGCAGCCUCAUGCAUGUUUCCUGCAGAUGGGAUUGGAUACCUAUGGAUGAUGUGUGGGUAGCAGUUCUUGUUCUGAAUCCUUAGCACUGAAAAAUAAAAUGGAAGGAAAUAAUGUUGUGCCCUGUUUGCAGAACCCAAAGUUUCAGAAAAGAAGAAAAUAGCAGAAAAAAUAAAAGAGAGGGAAAAACUGCAGAAGAAAAAGCAAGAGGAGAUUAAAAAAAGGGUAAGGCGUUUCUGAGAUAGGAGAGGGUGGAGAUCCUACUUCAUGCACCAGAUAAAUUUCAGUGCCUUGAUUCAGUUUUACCUGCCCUUUUGGUUUGUUAAGGAGUGAGCCCCAAUAGCUUUUGCCUAUGAGGAUGUCAAAGAGCUGGGGGUGGGGAAUACUUAUCUGAGUUACCAAAGGCCAGCUCUAUCCACGCAGUGAGAUCUUUGUCUGGAUGUUCCGAGUUUGUCCCAUGAGGUCACACUGAGCUGCUCCAGUUGUUGCUGCUUUGAGUGAGUCGCUACAUGCGUAGCUGCCCCAAAUCAGUUCCCUCUGCUUGUAUGUAGAUCACCUGGUGAGGUUAGCUUUGAGAGGCACCCUCCAACUCCCCAGGUGAACAUGACUUCUCUGAGGGGAAGGCCCUUGAUUUUGCUGCUGGGAUUUGUAGUGUUGUAUCUUACUUAAAGACCAAUCACAACAACAGAAAGUACCGGCAAACUUGAUUAUAAUUGCAAAGGAAAGUGUUUUUUAAGACAGUAAUCAAGCUAGCAGAAGAAACCAAAAACGGCAAAAAGUUUUCAUAACAGCCAGCUGUCACACUGGGUUAAAUAGGGAUGACCACCCUGAGCACUACAGGGGUCUUGUGGGUCUUUAAAGGCUCCAUCUUGAUGCUGAGGCCUCUUCCCAGGCUCCAAUAAGGAAGGGGAAGGGGUGUUUGUAUUUUAACCAAACUAUAUUGACUUUAGAGCAGGCAUAGGCAAACUCUGCCCUCCAGAUGUUUUGGGACUACAACUCCCAUCAUCCCUGACCAGUGGUCCUGUUAGCUAGGGAUGAUGGGAGUUGUAGUCCCAAAACAUCUGGAGGGCAGAGUUUGCCUAUGCCUGCUUUAGAGGUAUUUUAUCUUGUUUUUCAUCAUUGUUGUGCCUGGUGAUGGACACAAAUGACAGAUUGAAAAGCUAACUUGUGCAAAAAAGGGGGGUCCAUUUGACCCUGUAGAAGCAGUGUUAUUACAGUCUUACAUGACUAUCCAUUUCUAGUAAUAGGUAGGGGAUUAAAAAACAUUUUGUUUCAUACUGGACUCUGCAAUUUUUGCUAUGUUGUUGCUUAGUUAUAUAUAUAAACAUAUGCAAUUAUUUUUGAAGUUUCACUUUUUUAAAUAUAGUUGAAUAAAGCAAGAGUUAAACCUGUUUGUGGUACCCCUGCAUGCUCAACUAAGUGGUCAGAUUGUUUUUCUAGAAGGGGUGUUCAUGUAAGGACAUUAAAGUAAAGAUGCAAAAUAUUCCCACUAUUUGCUCACUAUAUGAACGCCAAGCUUUCUAAAAUCCACAUUGGCUUCCAUAUUUAGUUUAUUAAGCAGCAUUGACAAAAGAGCUGCUGCAUGUAGUUGAUCUUGAUUUUAUUACUUCUUUCAAGUUAGAGGAAUCGGAAGAAUCUAAAGAACUUACGCCAGAAGAACAGUUAGCAGACAAACUACGGCUGCAGAAAUUGCAAGAAGAGGCAGACCUUGAGUUAGCAAAAGAAACCUUUGGUAAGUGUUAAGAGACUGCUGCAGGGACAUGUAUGGAAUACACAAGGAUGUUCUGUUGUCACAUUUGCCACCAGGGAGCCUGAUACUUGAAAUGGGGUGGGUGGGUUUGCCCCUCACUUCUGGGCACCACAGAAAUUUAAAUGAUUUUUGCCAUCCUGUCUCCAACACCACUCUGAUCAAUUGGCUGUUCUUUCUACAGGUGUAAAUAGCACGUGUGGAAUAGAUGCCAUGAAUCCAUCUUCCAAAGAUGACUUCACGGAGUUCGGCAAAUUGUUAAAAGAGAAAAUAACACAGUAUGAGAAAUCCCUAUAUUAUGCUGGUUUUUUGGAAGCAUUAGUUCGAGAUGUAUGUAUUUCAUGUAAGUAUGCUUAUCACAAAUUUGCACUCUGCUCUUCUUCUAAACAUGUGGAAGAGAUAAAAUGGGGAUCAAUUGGGAGAGGCUGGGUGGUCAGGUGGGGUUAAACUGGCGUUCUUAGUCUGUAUAAUAUGUCCUGUGCUCCAUCUGAAGACUGUUACAAACUGCAGCACUUUGGGCGUUCUUGUGACUUAUUUUGCACUUGGCUCCCCUUCUACUCCGUUUUGCUGUUUUACGUAACAGUCAGCAUCCUUGUGGCAUUUUAGUUAGUCCUAUCGGCAUUGCCUGAGGGUUUUUGGGAUCAUAAUCUAUUUACUGGACCAGCAUGACCACCUAAAAUAUUUUCUGUGAUUGGGUUGUAGCACUAUGAUCAGCCUUGUCCUUUGUAUCUCUGUCACAGCAGCUGGGCGGCCUCCCCAAGGGGGAGACUUGAUGGGUUUUCCUUUCAGAGAUGUGAGAGCUUGUGAGCAAUUGCUUAUUUCAUCUGUCUCCUGUUUUCCACUUACAAGCAGUAUAAGGAAGAGCCGCCUUGACCUGGGAAUAUUGACCCAGGGCUGUCUACCCUGCUUGGCAGAGGGGUCUUUUUCAGCUCUGCAUUUGAGAUGCUUGUAACCUGGAGAUGGCAGCGGCUGAACCUGUGGCCACAAGCAUCUGAACACCCACAAUGCUUUGCUAGUAAGCUUCAGCCCUUCUUUCCCUUGGCUUCUUUCCAUUCCGUCUGAAGCAUUUUUUUCUGAAAGGGGCUUCCUGUGGAGAUCUAAAAUGCCACACUUGUUUUGUAGAUAGGAAUCCCAUUAUUCAGUAAGAGAAACAAACUGGGUCCAGUGCAUGGAAAGCCAUAUGAAUGACCAUCCUUACUGUGCUUUUAUUUCCAAUUUAGUGGAAGUUGAUGACUUGAAAAAGAUCACAAAUUCCUUGACAGUGCUAUGCAGCGAGAAGCAGAAACAAGAGAAGGUACGUCUUGAGCAAAUUUCCUCUGAGAAUGUUUGUGAUGGGUGCCCUCAGGGGUCGGCAAGGUUUAUCUUGCCUGGGCCGGAUUGCACACGUGCGCAGAUGUGAUUUCCGGCACUGCGGAAGCGAGUUCCUGUGCUGAUCCAGUUUAGCACAGCGGGCAGGCAACUGGGUUCAGGGGCAGAUCGUGGGCUGAUCAAACAACCUCUGCGGGCUGCUUCCUGCCCAUGGGCCUUAGGUUGCUGACCCCUGCUCCAGGUGAUGCUGAGCGUCUGUAGAAUGCUUCUUUCUAGUGACUGUGGUAGCAUUCAGUUCUUACACCUUUCUAAGUUCCUAAUCCAACUUUCCCCAAUUGGGUGCCCUUCAGGUGUGGUCGGACGCCCAAGUCCCCCUCAGUCCCAAUGGCUCAGGAUUAUGGGAGCUGUAGUUCCAUACAUCUGGACCAUGCCAGAUCAGGGGAGGGUUGUAUGAUCUAAAUGGAAGCAUUGAUGCUAGAACUCUUUGCCAUCUCCCUCUUACCAUGUGCAUCUUUGCAAUACCUUUGCUGAAGCAUCCCGAGAUUGCCAUGUUUAAUGUGUUCAGUUUCUCGAUUCUCGUUGCCUAGUUAAAUCCAUAAAUUUUUCUGGUGAAACACAGUACUGUACACACAUAGUCAGUAGAUGGUACGGAAUACUGUGAUUGACUACCUCUUUCUCCAUGAGAGAAAAUUCAGGCAAUGGCCAUUCUUUUAUUUGUAAACUGCUUUGCGGGUGGUGGGUUUGUUUUUAAGAAUCUAAUGGCAUAUAAACUGCAUGAAAUAAAUAAAUCAUAGUCUGUGUUUAUAGAAAGUGCUGUUCUCUUUUUACUAACUGAGGGUAGGAAUGCUGAGGCUGGGCUUUAACCCUUCCUAAACUGCUUCUGUCUUUCCCGCAGCAAAACAAAGCCAAAAAGAAGAAAAAGGGGGUGGUGCCAGGAGGUGGUUUAAAAGCAACUAUGAAAGAUGACCUGGCAGACUAUGGUGGUUAUGACGGUGGCUAUGUACAAGACUUUGAAGACUUCAUGUGACAUUUCUUCUCCCUCCUGUUGUCUUUCUGUUGCCCAUAAUCCCUUAAAUGUGUAGCACAACUUCUUUCCUUUAAAUUCUGCCAAAUGCUACAAUCAAAAAAAAGGCAGUAUAUUUGUGCUGUUGGGUUAGCCUGUCGCCACUCAGCUGCUGAAGCAUUGGGAUGCCCAUCUCGAUGCCAAGGGAGUAAAAUUAUGAGGCUCAAUUGCUUAAUCAUAGGAAAUAAUGGAACUUUGUUCAUGUUUGACUUCAUAGCAGCAGAAGCAGCACUGAAUUGGAAACUAAUUAAUUUCAACAAGGCCAAAAUUGUAUUCUUACCAGCACAGUUUAGUCAUAACAGCCUUAACUGUACCUCUUCCACUGACUACCCAGACAACAAAAGCAGUUUGCAGCAAGGGGGCAUGGUGUGUAUUUAGUAUUAAAAAUGGCUUUUAUCUAUUAAACUAGAGCUUGAGGUGUUUCAUUAGGUUGGCAAAUGGCCUGAGGGAGAAGAUUCUGCACUUGGACAUUGGAGCUUUUGAAAGCAGCAAAUAACCCUUUCUUUGGGUCAGAACAGAGGCUGGUUCUGUUGCAUUGGGCAGGGGGAACUUGUGGCUUAAGUCUAAGCAGUUUAGUUUAUACACAUUUUUUUCCUGACUCUUUGGGAGAAUUCUUUGUCACCAGGUUGUGGUGGCUUUAGUUGAGCUCUCACAAGACUUUGCUGUUUUUCAUUUUUUUUUCAUUUACAGGAAUCCUGCUUAGCAAACUGCAACAGUUACGACAGUUGGGUAAAUUGUUAUGUUAACAAUUAUGACAUCUGCAAUGUUUUAUAAAAGCAACUAAUUUAAUAAAAUCACUAUUGUGAGGACUGAGAGCUUUGGUUUG